UCCUGCUGCCGCUACGUCGGUGGUAGCGGCCAGCAGCGGGGAACACAUCCGCAUGCGAGCUCUGCCGGAGCCGCAAGAAGGCGCCCAGCCCCCGCCUCCACCCGGUGUGUCCUUCGCCUCCGUUGACGAUGACGUCCUCGCCGCCGCCGCCGCCGGCAGCAGCAGCAGCAGUACAGGCGAUGUCGGCUCAGCAUCGUCCGCACCUGCAGCGGGUAGCAAUGCUGCCGCCGCCGCCGCCGCCGCUGCCACCGGUGCGAGCGAGGAUAGCGGUACCGGCAGCUUCGCCAGUGGUGGCAGCGUGGAUGACGCGGGAAGCGGUGUCAGCAGUACGGCAGGCGGUGGCCGUGGUGGUGGUGGCGGUACGGCAUCUACAUUACCUGUGUCGUUCGUGGCUAGCAGGAGCAUGGAUGUGAACUUGAGUGGCCUGUGGGAGAAGGAUGCGGCCGCAAGCCAGGAAUACGAGGCCAUGCUUGAUGUUCUGGAGCUAGGAGGUCUGCAAAAGGUGACGGCGCGACUGAUUGACGGCAUCGACAUACUGCAUGACGAGGAGCGAUUCGAAGUGGGGUUUGUUACCGUCGUACCGUUCUUCAGGGUUACGGAGCGCAGUCGCUUCCGCGGUACCAGCGCCAUGAUGCGCCGGGACCUGAGGUCGGGGCAGCAGACGGCGGUGGCGGCACGCAUGCCGGGCGGUGUGCGAGUGGAGCUGUCCUGGGGCGCCCCCCUGGCUGGCGGGCUGGCGGAGGAGUACGUGGUCAGCCAGGAGGGGGACGAGCUGGCAGUGACCAGCAGCAUAGACAUCGGGGGGCGGCAGGCGGCGGCGACACAGAUCUACCGGCGCAGCAACCGCAAGAAGAGCGACUUCCUGGCGUCAAAGAGAUCCUUGUACGGCAGUCUGGAAGACGUACUUCGGAGCCAGGAAAAGAAGUACGGCAAAAUUAACUAUUAGGAGUUUAGGAUCCAACAUAUAGUCAGCAGGGAUAUGGGCGUGUGCUCCGGGCGGCUUGCCGCACAAUAGCCGUACACGCAAUGCACGGGUUCUCUUUGCAUGGGUGGCUUCUGGGCGGUAUUUAGGACUUUCGGUGGGAGGUAGAGCAGUGACGAGUUAACGCCGUUGCGCCCGGUGCAUGGGCGUGUGCGGGGUGGCAAGGAAAACAACAGUUGAAAGGGAUUGAGCGGUUUUGGCCACUUAGCAUCAUUAACUGGGGAGGGAGACCUCUUACGAGCCCAUGCAGGCAUGCAGGCUGGCAGGGAGUGGAGGUGGGCUCAGGAGGUGGGAGGAGGGGGAGUGCGGAGGCUUAGUUGAAGGAUCAUCAGCAGGACAGGGUCCGAGCAGUAUCAUCCGCUGUUGGGGUGUUAAGAAACUUGUUGGGGUGUGUGUGCAUGAUGCAGGGAGUGUGUCGCUCCGGGUGACAGCGGUGCAGGGAGUGUAUUGACCUGCCGGACAGAGACGCAUAUUGGGUACACGGAGCAGCUGCUGGGGUCAUGAUGCUGGCUAGCUGGGUGGGGGCUUCCCCCUACGCACGCUAGGACAAAGGUCCCGGCAAGGGGCAGGAGCGGUGCCGUACUUGCAGCCGGGUAGGAUAGCCUUGGCGUGGGGCGUGUUACCGUGUCCCCAUCAAGCUUGUUGGGUUAGUUGCUGCUGCCAUGAUUGUUGCAUACUUAGAUAGCGGCAGUAGAGAGGUGUGUUGCAUGCAUGGCCUGCCACAUGUGAACUGGCCCGGCGCAUGCAUGGCCGCACCGGUUGGUCGUUAGUUGCUGGUUUGUAACCAUAGUACAGCAUUUUGAGCUAUCUAGCUGAGCCGCAUGGCUGUACAACUGAACACUUCUGGACGGCAUGCGCGCAUUGACAGGCCUAAUAGGCAGAGGGCAGAGAGCGAUCAUUGUUGUGGGGUGAGGGAUGAGGCACACCUCCGGGAGAAGCCCUCGCAUCCCCUCCCUACUUCUGUGAGCGGCGUGACUGAGCACGAGUGGGGUCUUUUGAGGCUAGGUUUGAUCACUUCAUGAUUUUUCAUCUAAGUUGUUGCUUGUCUUUGUGAGUGGUGUUGCGUCUGCCUCCCUUCUGUGGAUGCUAGCUCAGGAGUGUGUUGGGUCAAGAUGGGCCGUGUAACUGUACUGACCAUAGCUAUCGAGUGAGGGGAGAUGGAUGCACGGGCGGCUGCUGUCUUGUCGCGCCCCAACACCGGCUUGAGUGUGCAGUCCGCACACAGGUGCCGGUAGGUGUUCAAGCCGGUGUUGGGGCGCGACAACGCAACACCCACCGAAUUGUCUUUUAAACCCUAAAACCCUAAAUCCCUCGUUGUUGCUAGUGGGCUAGGUCGUUUGGGGGGCACCACUGGAGGUUUUAUUGCUGGCGAGUGCGUGCGCAUGGCUGGUGAGGACAUCGGCAGCCGACAUGCCUUGCCAUGACGGUUAAAUGUUCCAUGCGCUAAAUGUGUAUAGCAUUUAGGCAGCUGCACCAAUGCAUGUAACAAAGG